GGAUCGCAACAUUAUUGAAUAUUUAGUGUUUUUAAAACAAUUCGGUGAAAGUAAAAUAGAUAAAAUGUUAUUGAAAUAAUGAAAAUUCAUAAUCCAUAUCUACGUAUAUUUAUUCGUUUACAUGGAACAACCGGUACACAGUUAUCAUCAAUUGAUUGGAAUGAUUGGCAUUCAAUCCUUAAAUUAAUGAUAAACAUUUCAUUAAAUAUUAUUACUUAUUGGGGAAUAUUUAUUGAUUCACCAGUUGCUGAUAGAUUAUUAACCGAUUUGGAAAUAAAUAAAUUGUUUGGAUAUUUUCAAAAAGCUAAUUUCUAUGCAUUUUAUCCAUUACUUUAUGUCGGUCAAAUCGUAAUUUUUUUGAUUUAUGGACAUCAUAUUAUUGCCCGGCUUGAUUCGAAUGCAUUCAUUAAAGUUUACGAUUGUAAACGAAAUCGUUUGAAAGCUAUAUUCAUAUUUUUAUUAGCAUUUAUUUUUUGGCAACAAAGAUUCAUCAUCCGUGAAUAUCGUCAUCUAUCUAAACCAUCAUUUUUAAUUGAAUAUCGAACAAUAGAAUUAUUGGUUGGAAUAUAUUUCUAUCAUGCUACACAAAUGACUAAUUGGUAUCUACUUUUUUAUCAUCAAUUGAUUACUCUUUUCACUCUCAAACAAAUUGUCAAAAAAUUAUGGUCAAAUAAAUCGAUGUUUCGACGGCCGGGUAAAGGAAUGACAAAUAGUUUUUCAAUUGAACAACGAUUAUAUCGUUCAAUAAUAUUGUUAUCCGAACAAAGUCAUUAUCUUCAAUAUUAUUUUUCUUAUGUAAUUUUAUACCUACUAAUUGAAACGUCCGAUUCUAUUAUUGGUAGUUUAUCUUUUGUUAUGAUGGAAUCAUUUGGUACCGGUAUCGGUUGGAUGUCAAUAUAUGAACAAAGUAUUCGUUGGUUUUUAUUAUUAACAUUAAUAGAAUUGAAUCGUCAAAAUGUUCAACUUUUCGAUCAUAUUGAUCAUCAUUUUAUACGGAAAUUUACCACCAUACAAAUGUUGAUGAAAAUUGAUUAUAUCCGCCAUGUUAAUAAUAAUAAUGAUGAUCGAAUAGUACGCUAUACUAAAUAUAAUCAACUAAAAAUUUAUCGACAAUAUUAUUCAUUAUCAUUAUUUAAUUGGUUAAAUGUUGACUAUUCAUUAUUGAUUAAUAUAUUUUUCUUUUCAUUUGGUUAUGUAUUGUUAAUUUCACAAACAACGAAAAUCAAUUAAUCGAUUGUUUCGUCCAUUACAACAAAUUAAUUCGAAUGAGUAUUAUUGCGAUGAGAUGAAUUGUUUUUCCGGAUCGCACAAAAAUAUCU